UUGUCUUCAACUAUAAUAAGUGCUUUUCCAACCUGGAUUUUGUGUCAUUUUGUGCUCAAUAUUUUAUUUACUAUUACACAAUUUCUGCCCCCUAUUUUUCUGGGCUUUCUUUUGGAAACUUUGUAUGAUAGUAAUUACCCUUGGAUGCCUUAUUUGUUCUGUGGAAUAUUAGCUUUGUCCCUAAUUUUGAACCAGUGGGUUUCUACUGUGGCAACAAUAUAUGCUGUGAUGUCUGCUUUGCAAGUGAAGUCUGCUUUAAUGUCUGCAGUGUAUCGAAAGGCACUAAAAAUGUCCUGCACUACUAAGCAGUUAUACAGCAGUGGAGAAAUGGUGAAUCUUAUGUCUGUGGAUGUAGAGAAUGUUCACCAAUUUGUUAAGUUUUCCUCACUCAUAAUGGAAAUUCCAUUAAAAUUAUUGAUUGCUUCAAUUUUUUUAUGGAAUACUUUAGGAAUCUCAUUUUUGUCUGGAUUAGCUGUGAUGUUUCUUGUUGUGCCUUUGAGCUACAUAAAUGGUAGAAUUUUGUCUAUGUUGCAACGCAAACAGAUGACUGUCAAGGAUGAACGACUGAAAAUUAUGGAUGAAAUUAUUCAUGGAAUAAAAGUAAGAUUUAAAGUACUAAUGUUAUGGCCCAUUGCUCUUCCCAGUAGUCAAGCCCUGCAAAAUGCUGUGUUUCAUGAGGACAGUGCCUGA